GGCCUCUUGUCUGGCCACCUCGCCAGCCGCGUGGCGGCACAGGCCGCCUUGGCCUCACGGGCGCGCUCCGGCUUCCUAGCCUCCUUGAAGGCCUAUCGCUCCUUCCCACGGGAGCUCCGAGCAUCCUUUCCUUUCGGCCAGCUCCAUCUGGGACACCUGGCGACCAGCUUCGCCCUCCGCGAGGCACCGCGCGAAGUGGUCCAGAAGAACCGGUACGAGCGGACUGCAGAGGCCCAGGAAGGGGCCUCAGGCCGCGGCCCGCGUGGUCAGCGGCUGAAAGAAGGCCGCAAGGAGAGACGGCCCACUAAAGGCAGCAAGGGCACCAAGGGCACUGGCAAGGGCAAAGCUUCCCAGAAAGGUAAGCCCCGCAAGCCCGGGAACCCGAAGGGUUUCGGGGCAGAUGCUGCAGAUGAGUUUGCAGCUUGA